GAGACCCACAGAUAUAGUGAAUGCAGGGUCCGGUCGGGAUGACCAGAUAUAGUGAAUGCAGGGUCCAGGGAGAGCCAGCAGAUAUAGUGAAUGCAGGGUCCAGAGAGAGCAGAUAUAGUGAAUGCAGGGCCCCGAGGAGACCAGAUAUAGUGAAUGCCAGGUCCAGGGAGAGCAGAUAUAGUGAAUGCAGGGUCCCAGGGAAGAGCGGAUAUAGUGAAUGCAGGGUCCAGGGAGACCGAUAUAGUGAAUGCAGAGUCCAGGGAGAGCGGAUAUAGUGAAUGCAGGGGCUGGGAGAGCCAGAUAUAGCGAAUGCAGGGUCCGGGGAGACCAGUUAUAGUGAAUGCAGGGUCCAAGGAGACCAGUUAUAGUGAAUGCAGGGUCCCAGGGAGAGCAGAUAUAGUGAAUGCAGGGUCCAGGGAGAGAAGAUAUAGUGAAUGCAGG